AUGGCGGGCGGAAACGAGCGAGCUUCUACGUACACGGCCGCUUCAGGAGAGUCGGUCGGCCGCAAUGGCGACCAGAAGCGGAACCUGUGGACAUCCAUGCUGGAGUCGGUCGCCAGCGGGAAGAAGCUGCCGGAAAAGAAUAUACUGGUAUUAGGCGGAACCCCCGAGUCGCAGCGAGAGUUUCUCGAAUCUCUAUCUGGCACGACCGCGAGACGGAGCUUUGACAGGCAAAAGAUGCCACCCAUCGCCAACAACUUUGCCCUAGGAUAUACAUACUAUGACGUGCUCGACGCCGAUCAAGAAGACACCCUGGCGCGCGUUUCACUCUACCUCCUGUCCCAGCCAUCAACCGAAUUCGCUCCCCUCGUCUCUCCCCUACUCACGGCCGAGACGGUGCCAAACACGACGCUCGUCAUACUCCUCGACUGGUCGCAGCCGCAUUUAUGGCUACGCCAACUAUGGAAUUGGAUACAGGUCCUCGAACAAGUCAUGAGCCACGUCAAGGCGGAGGCGCGCAACGAAAUGGAGGAAGUCAUGGCCUCGUGGAAAGAAAGGGGACGUGGGGGCGCGACAAUAAACCUCGACGGAACACCAUCCACGACGGGCACCACUGGCGAUGGAGACGGUUUGUUGCCCCUCGGGCCUGGAGAAUGGACGGAGCCUCUUGGUCUGCCGUUGUCUGUUGUCUGCCAGAACGCACAAAAAAUGGAGUUUCUAGAGAAGAGCAUGGGAUGGAAGGAACCAGACUUUGAUACGGUUCUGCAAUACCUCCGAACUGUGCUGCUACGGCAUGGCGCUUCUCUCAUCUACACUUCGCAAAACACAACCUCGCAGCUUCCCGUGCUCCUUCACUCGACGCUUGGCAUCACAUCUCUCUUAAAACGACAGCCUCUAAAGCACAACGUCAUUGACCGCGACAAAAUCGUCGUGGCCCCCAACUGGGACUCUUGGGGUAAAAUCCGCAUCUUGGGCGGCACCUUUGACGCCGAGCUCGUCUCCAGCGGCUGGGAGGAGGACAUCAAGUUACCUGCCGGCUCAAAGAUCCCGACUAUGGAGGAUGACGGCGCCAUUGCGCAGUAUGAAUAUUGGUGCCGUGACCCCCACAGCGGUGGUCUAGCCGUCGUCGAGAGCGCCAUGGGCGACGGGUCGGCGGUCGGUGUGGAGAGCGAGGAUCCGCAAGAGUUCUUUGAGCGGCAGCUCAAGAUCCUCGAGGCCUUUCGGUCCAAGGCGCCCGAAAAGGCAACCGAGAACACGGUAUCCACGGGCGCGAGACGAUCAGACCCUGCAGACGAGAAGAGCGUCAACGAUCACAUCGGGCCGGUGCAGUUCAACAUGGGCGGCAUCCAAGUCGAUGCCGAUGACAUGCUGCAACGUCUCAAGGACCGGAACGCGCGCGUGGCCUCGUCCGGGCCCGACGAGUCGGACGACGAGAACCCCGUGAGCAACAUGGCCAAGGAAAUCGACACGGAGCAGCUGCAAAACUUCUUCAGCGGGCUGAUGAACAGGACGGCUGGGUCGAUGGAUGGACCUCGCUCGUGA